GGGAGGGGCGCGCGGGGAGCGGAAGUGCCGGUCGGGUUCGGCGGCGGCAGAUUCGGUCUGCGCCCGCCGCCUCCGGGAACGGCCGCGGGGCCCGCCACGCUGCUGGGGAACGGCGGCGCUCCCGCCGCGCGGACACACUUUUUUAUGUUUAUUUCAUAAUCUGAAAGAAGAAUAGUGUUUGGAAUAAUGGCAACAGGAGACCUAAAUGGAAGUUUAAGAAAAAUAGAACAAGGACUUCGCUUGUUAAAUUAUCCACGAGAUGUGGAUUAUACAGUGUUAGUAAAGGGUGAUCCAGCUGCGUUUUUACCCAUCAUCAGCUAUUGUUUUACAUCUUUUUCAACUUGUAUAGCAGAGCUUUUGGUUAAGUGUGAGGUGGAACUGACAGCCAAGAGCGACUUGCGUUUUAUUGAAGCUGUUUAUAAGUUUCUUCGAGAUCAAUUUCAGUAUAAACCGAUUUUAACAAAAGAGCAGUUUCUUCAGGUUGGCUUUGCGGAAAGGAAAAUGCAAAUUGUUUGUGAUGUUAUCAACUGUGUGGUGAAGAAACAUAAGGAGUUGAGUAACUCUAGUAAGGUUAAAUCCCAAACAAGAAAAAAAAUCAGACCUCUUAAAAAUGAAGUAUGGUCAAAUUGUGGUAAAGGUGUUGCUGAUCCAAGUCGUGGUGCUGUGAAUUCCAAGCAGCAUACUCAAAAGAAGCCUCUAGUCGAACGGCACUCGGGAAAUGAAGUUAGAGGUGAUCUUUGUCCACUACCCCUUCCAGAACAGGGAGGGACUGAGGAAGAAUUGUGCCCAGAUUAUGAUAUUGUGGAAGUUAAAUGUGAACAAGUCAUAGAAGAAAAUUCACAAAUUGAGUUUUUAAAGAAUCAGCUUUCAGAUUUCCAGGAAAAGCUUCAUAAGCUAGAUUGGAUGGAAGAUAAGCUACAAGUUUUAGAGGAGAAACUGCAAGGAAAGGUGAUCAUAGAUGAGAAGGACUGGAAUAACUUACUGAAUCGAGUUUUACUUCUCGAAACAGAAUUGUUGUUACAAUCCAGAAAGAGAGACUUUCCUAAAGACUUCAGCAAUAUAAAUCAAAAAAGAACUUCUAGUAGCAUUCCAGUUUCCCUUGAUGCAGAGAGGAAUGAGGAUAUGCCAGAGAGUCAUCUUCAGUUGUCUGGAUGCAGUUCACUGUUAUCCACAGACCAGUCUCCCAAAGACAUGACCAUUAAUUCUCAUGAUCUGUCAGACAUUUCAAAGGAGACAAUAAGACAAAGAAUGGAAAAGAUAAGUAAAAUAAUUGAAGAAACCUUCAAAUUGUUCAAAACACCAAGCCCACCUCUGGCAAUACCUGCAAGCACAGGUCUUCAGACCUGGUCUCUGCAGACUUACGGAUACCAGAAAUAAUUUGUAUGUUUGUACAGCGUUAAAUUUUUAAUAUAUCAAAUUUGUAAUGAUCACCAGUGCUUUUAUUGCUUUGAAUAAAUAUUUUGCUCAUG